AAAAUCACCUCUGACACAUCGAGUUGACAACUCCAGGGUAUUUCAGGAACGAGGACCUAAUACGUUCGUUUCUACCACACUUCAUCAACGAAGGUGCAGGAGGACGCAGAAGACAGUGCAUUGCACGUGGGACUACUGGACUUUGACCAGAGGUCAUCCAGCAAAGAGUGUGAAGAAUUCUAAGUAAAGAUCCUUGAAAAUGGCGUCUUCAAAAAACAUAACGCGGUUCUGGGAGUGGGGAAGAAAGAUCAUCUGCGUCGGGAGAAACUACGCUGACCACGCCAAAGAGUUGAAGAACGCAGUUCCGUCGGAACCCGUCCUGUUCCUGAAGCCUCCUUCCGCAUAUGUGACAGAGGGCUCUCCCAUCUUGCUGCCCUUCUACACCACCAAUCUGCACCAUGAGGUUGAACUGGGUGUGGUCAUCGGCACAAGGGGCGUGGCUAUCCCCCAGGAGUCUGCCAUGGACCACGUGGCUGGUUACGCCCUAUGCCUGGACAUGACAGCUAGGGACAUCCAGGACCAGUGCAAAGCCAAAGGUCUACCCUGGACGCUGGCAAAAGCCUUUGACACGUCCUGCCCUGUCAGCGAGUACAUCCCCAAGGAGAGAAUCCCCAACCCAGGCAAUUUAAGACUGUGGCUCAAGGUGAACGAUCAACUGCGGCAGGAUGGCCACACAUCCCACAUGAUGUUCUCAGUACCCUUUCUCAUCAGCUACAUCAGCGACUUCAUCACCCUCGAGGAAGGAGACCUCAUCCUCACUGGGACCCCCAAGGGGGUGGCAAGUGUCCAGGAGCAUGAUGAAAUCCAGGCAGGCAUUGAAGACAUAGUCAAUAUGACCUUCAGGGUGGGCCGACCAUGAUAGGAUUACAGAUCACAGCCCUUGAUGAGGAUUCAUAAUUUACCCACAUGAGUCGGAAGUGUGAUUUAAUAAAGCUCGAUUCCUCAGGGAUUAGAUGAUGGUUCUUGGUGAAGAUUUUGAAACAAUAACAUAAAUUUUUCAGUUUUAGUACAGCUAUGCAGCCGAAUCUUUAGAUAACUGUAAUUUUAACCCAUGUGCACUAUGUUGUUCACUGUGUCCUGUCUUUUAAUAAAUAUCCAUGUUGACAAGUUAUUAGCCAAUUAUUUACUGACCACAAGAGGGCGCUAGAUACCAGUCACUACGUUUGUUAGUCGAUUCCAGAAAGAGUCGAUUGUUCGAUUCCAAGCGGCAAGGAAUCGAGAGUCGACUCAAAGCUUCGUAGUCGAUCUCUUACAGUAAAACUGAUUCUGCAUCUGCGUGUGUCCGACAAAGUUGUGCCUGCUCUGCUUCUGCUGGCACAGGCGAUGGGAGAAGGGAGAAGUAAAAGAAGUUUAAUUCAGAUUCGACUGUCGUUUAAAAAUAACGCCCUCCACUCAACAUGUAUCGACAACAGUUUGGCGGAAUUUUACUUUAGACAAGUAGAAAAACAAAGUAAAUUGUUGAAUUUGUAACAAAAUGCAGAGAUAUAAUAAAACAACAUAACCAGUGAUAAGACAUCCAAAGGCCACCCAUCCCAAGGAGUGGACAGAAAAGUUAGAUACAGGUUUACUCCCUGAUAUCCAGCUAAUUUAGACAGCUCUCCAAGUUAUGUCACUAUAUAUAUUCAUAGUUUGCCAUUAAAUUAUGUUAAGAUGUGAUCCACACCAGGAAAUUUGGAGAGUUUAUUAACUAAAAUGUUAGUGCCAUUAGUUUCAUUCAAACAUGGAUUUAACAUAGAGGAUGUUUCGCCAAAUUACUGUUAGACUGAACAUGAGGAAGGAGAGUUGGUCCAUAAUUGCAACAUCCAUCCCGAGACAGCGACUAUUUUCCAAAGUCUGUGAACUUAUAUAAAAGACACCUGUGUCUGAAGAGCCUCUGAUGUCAAACCUAUAAAGUUCUUGCACUGUAAUUUGUAAUUCCAUUUAAAACAUCUGCAUCUGUAGUAUGUGAGAACAGGCAAUAAUUUUGACAUUUACCUUGUACCUUAGCUGCCACUGUAGAUAUUUAAGAGUC